CUGCCGGUCCCGGGGACGCGGCAGAGCCGGGCGGCGGAGCCAGGCGGGCCUGCGCAGCCCAUCAGGCUGGGCCGGGAAUAGCAUCCAGGUGCGCCUGACGCCAGCAUGGAGCAAGUGCCUGCGCCCUGGGCCAAGGCCCGCAGCCAGGGCUGCUGUGUCCUCUGUGCCCCAGGACGAAAGCCCCGAAAGGCCGAGUGAGCUGCAGCCACCAGCCCGGGGACCUCUUUUAAGAUGACCCGCACGGACCCGCCAGAUCUGCUGGUGUCGACCGUGUACCAGGACAUCAAGGUGGCGGCCCCGGGGCCCGCGUCGAGGCGCCCGCCAUGUGAGCGCUCCAUGGCCCGGCCUGCUGCGCCUGCGCCUUUCAACAAGCGCCACUGCCGCAGCUUCGACUUCCUGGAGGCGCUGGACGGAGCGGCCAUGGAGGCCCAACCGGAGCCGCCGCCCCCGGAGCCCGCCGCGCAGCGCUCCCGGCCCCGCGACGGCGAGCCCCGGCGCCGCGCCCGCUCCAAGAGCGCGCCCCGCGCACCCCCGGGCCUGGCGCCCGCGCCUGCCUCGCCGCCCGUCCUGCCGCGCCGAGGCCGGGAGCCCCAGCGGGCAGCGCGGGCCGAGGUAUCGCCCCGCCGGGAGCCUGCGUACCCCGCGCUGCGCGCGCUUGCCAACGAGCUGCACCCCAUCAAGCUGCAGCCGCAGCGGAGCGGCCCUGGCCGCAUUGCGCCCCUGUGCGCCACUGCCGGCCGCUGCGCGCCCCCCGAGCCGCCCGCCGGGCCCGCCCCCCACGUUCGCUGCCGCCUGGACAUCAAGCCCGAUGAUGCGGUGCUGCAGCAUGCCGCCCGGGGCUCGCGACCGUGGGGGCCCGCCGAGAGCGCGCCCUGGGCCCGCGCCGCCCCGCAGCUCCACGGCCUCACCGUGCCCGGGCCUCGCCACGUGGCGCUGUCGCGCACCCCCACCCCCAGUGACACGUACUGCGCAGAUCCCCGGGCGCUGUACUGCGACGGGCCCCUGCCUGGGCCCCGGGACUAUGCGGAACGCCGAAGUCUGCCCUUCACCACCCCGCCAGGCCCCACCCAGUUCUUCUACACUGAGGAGCCCGAGGGCCACCCCGGCGGUUUCACAGCCAGCCCGGGUCCUCCCUUCGACAGCUACUACGCCAGGCCCUUCCCGUCCGAGGAGACCCCCGGGCCCAGUCCAAGGCGUGGGGCCGGCUACUAUGCUGGGGAAAUGCGCACCUUCCCGGUCCAGGAACCGCCCUCCCGUUCCUACUACGGGGAGGCCCCCCGAGCCUACCUCCCUCCCUGCGGCCCCCGCUAUGCCCCCGAGGAGCCCCGAGCCCACCCCGCCGCCCGUCCCUUUUACACAGAGGACUUCGGACGGUACCGCGACCGCGAUGCCUUGGCGCGGACUUACCCAUACCCACGCGGCAGCCCAGCCUGGGGCGACUGGGGCCCGCGGCCUUACCGCACCCUGCAGGUGGCGCCUCCCCCGGACCCCGGCCCAUUACUCGCCUCGUGGCACGGUGGCACCGGCACCAGCCCGCCCCGGCUGGCCACCGACACCCGCCACUACUCGCGUUCCUGGGACAACAUCCUAGCGCCCGGGCCGCGCCGCGAGGACCCUCUGGGCCGCGGCCGCAGCUAUGAGAACCUGCUAGGGCGCGAGGUGCGGGAGCCGAGGGGCGCAUCACCCGAAGGCCGGCGCCCGCCCGUGGUGGUGAACCUGUCCACCUCGCCCAGACGCUACGCGGCGCUGUCGCUGUCGGAGACGUCGCUGUCCGAGAAGGGCCGCCUGGGCGAGGGCCUGGGCCGCAACUGGUAUGUCACGCCAGAGAUCACCAUCACCGACAACGAUCUGCGCGCCGCGGAGCGCCCAGCCACCAGGGGCUGGGAACGGCCAGGAGGCCGCCAGCGGCCGCCUCCGCCGGCAACCCUCGAUGGCCCCACCUCUGGCCGCCAGCGCAGCCUCGAGCAGCUGGACGAGCUCAUCACCGACCUGGUCAUUGACUCGCGGCCCCCAGCCGGCCAAGCCCCCGAGGCCGCGGCCGACGGCCUGGGCCGCCAGCUGCACCGCCUGCUGGACUCGCGGCCCGCGGGCCCCGGGGCCCCCACGCUGGCGCCGCGCUCGCCACCCGCGUCGGCGGGCAGCGCCGAGGAGCCCGCGGGCCCGGGGCAGGCGGCCGACGGGUCCCCAGAGCCCAGCGCCGACGAGGACGACCUGAUGACGUGCUCCAACGCACGCUGCCGGCGCACUGAGACCAUGUUCAAUGCCUGCCUCUACUUCAAGUCGUGUCACAGCUGCUACACCUACUACUGCUCGCGCCUGUGCCGCCGCGAGGACUGGGACGCGCACAAGGCGCGCUGCGUGUACGGCCGCGUGGGCAGUGUGUGCCGCCACGUGCUGCAGUUCUGCCGCGACAGCGGCCCGGUGCACCGCGCCUUCUCACGCAUCGCGCGCGUCGGCUUCUUGUCCCGCGGCCGCGGCGUGCUCUUCCUGGGCUUCCCGAAUCCCGGCUCCGCAGACAACUUCCUACGCUUCGGCCUCGAGGGGCUGCUGCUGUCGCCCACCUACCUGUCGCUGCGAGAGCUGGCCACGCACGCGGCGCCCCUGGGCAGCUACGCGCGCGAGCUGGCGGCUGCCGGGCGCCUCUACGAGCCGGCUGAGUGCUUCUUGCUCAGUGUGUCGGUGGCCGUGGGCCCCAGCGCCGCACCCCCCGGCGCACCCUCCCGGCCCGCGCCCGCGCCGCGCAGCCCCGGGCCCACGGUGCGCAAGUUCGCCAAGGUGGCGCUGGCGGCCGGCAGCCCGGCGCGGCCGCCCCCGGCGCGGGGCCGCGAGCCGGACAUGGAGACGUUGAUCCUGACGCCGCCGCCGGGCACGGCGGGCCUGGACCAGGACGGCGAGGCGGGCCGCCGCGCGCGCGAGGUGGCCUUCAUCCACAUCCAGCGCGAGCUGCGGCUGCGCGGCGUCUUUCUGCGCCACGAGUUCCCGCGCGUCUACGAGCAGCUCUGCGAGUUUGUCGAGGACAACCGGCGCUUCACGCCCACCACCAUCUACCCCACGGACCGGCGCACUGGCCGCCCCUUCAUGUGCAUGAUCAUGGCCGCCUCUGAGCCGCGAGCGCUCGAUUGGGUGGCCAGCGCCAACCUGCUGGACGACAUCAUGUAGC